UGGUGAGACGCGGAGCUCACGCCCUGCACACAUCACAUGACUGAGAAGAAGUGUGUUUCUCUCAAAAGCUUUGAACUUUGGUGGAGAAAAGCAUCUGCAGACGAUGGCGAGAGGUAGUCGCAGUCUAAGAAAAGUAGUGGCUCAAUGUAUCAAUCAGUUACCGGUUGUAACCACCCGAGAGGCCCCUCGAAGAAACGCUAUAAGGUAUAUGUCCUCUGCUGGAAUCCUGAUGACCCGGAGUCUGCCGCGUCUGGGGGUGAAGCCCAGGCCCCCUAUGCUGGCCCCUGCCUGCAGCUUCUUCAGCCUGGCAGACUCCCUCAACAGGCGAAAGGAAUACUCUGAACGGCGGAUCAUUGGGUACUCCAUGCAAGAGAUGUAUGAUGUAGUGGCGAGCGUGGAGAACUACCUCCAUUUUGUGCCGUGGUGUAAGCGGUCAGAUGUGAUAUUCCGUCGCUCAGGCUUCUGCAAAGCCAAGUUGGAAGUGGGCUUCCCUCCAGUAGUGGAGAGGUACACAUCGCUAGUCACCACUGUGCGCCCACAUCUGGUUAAGGCUUCUUGCUCAGAUGGUAAAUUGUUCAACCAUUUAGAGACAGUGUGGCGCUUUAGCCCUGGAAUCCCAGGCUACCCUCGCACCUGUACCCUGGAUUUUGCUAUCUCGUUUGAGUUCCGUUCUUUGCUGCACUCCCAGUUGGCCACAGUCUUCUUCGAUGAGGUUGUCAAGCAGAUGGUGUCGGCCUUUGAGCGACGGGCUUGCUUGCUGUAUGGGGAGGAAACCUGCAUUCCUCGUGAGCUGAUGUUCCAUGAGGUCCACCAAACGUAGCUUUCAACUGUCCGAAAGACAGCAGUACAAUGACCUUCUACAUGUCAGGGUACAGGGGAACUCUAGGGCUCAAAAACCACUACACUCUUUAGGGCAGUUAAAUUUUUCUUAUUUUUAUCUCUCCCUGGUACACCAGUGGGGUUAUGUCAUUUUUAGAUUUUCCUGAACACAUGCUACCCCUAAAGUCCCUAAUUUUAGUUAGAUGCUCCCCACACACACACACACGCGCCACCCCAAAAAACUAUGUACUGUUAUCCUCAAUCCCAGCCUGCAACACAUGGAUCAGGCUGGACUGUCUCUGCCUUAAUGGUGGACCUCAAGGGCUAUUAGUGGUUACAAGAACUUUAUCACAGGGUUCAUAUAAGUUGUGAUCGUCUGCAUGUGGCGAAAGAAGCUAUUUUGCAAUAUUUUGAGGAUGAACCCAGGGUAAAUGAGAAUGUGCUGCUCACAGCUCACACCUCAUGCUGUUAUAAUGAACAAUAAUACAAUGAACUUGUUCUACAGUUAAAUAGAGGCUGUAAGGACUGAACAUCCCAGUGUGCCCAGCAGAAUGGAAGUGUAUAUGAAGACAAGAAAAGCAUCCUCUGCAGUGGCUGACACAAUUCCCCAUCUGCAGUGCUUUUCAUGUGAAUGAAAACAGCAUGUGGUGCCUGCAGCUGCAGAACGUUCAACCAAAGUAUUACAUGUCAGUGCAUUUCAGUUGUGGUCUGUAACUGUAACUGAGCACCUCGGCUGUCCCACAUUGUUUUGGGAAUGAGGGAAUUUAGUUAAGGAAUUUGGUAACGAUCCUGCCUGGUAUGCCAAGAGAUUGAUUAUGAAAUGUGCAAUAUCAUUUUUAAGCUGUUACUACUGCAAAUGUAUUCUCCAAAUAAUGUAUUAAAAAAAAGGCUGUAGAAAGCAUAUUUUCAUAGUAGGUUUGUAAAGAGGAAAAUAAUACUCUCUUCCAGUUCAGAAACCAGGUGCCUUCUGUUUCUUAUUUUGUAUGUAUAUUAUAUCAUACUGCUUGGGUAUUUAUUCGGUUUCACAAAUGUGCACAUACCAGUUUAAGAGCUCGGAUGAGGUAUUGAGAUUUCGUUUUAUUUUUUUUCUUACUAUUUCUAUAGAUUUCUAGUGCAUGUUUGUGUUUUAACUGGUGUUUUUGUUAUGGGUUGUAUUGAGUUGGAAGACUCAAUUUUUUGUUUAUUAAAAAAAUUGUCUGGAAUUGUGGUCUUUUGCCAAACUGGGACACUUUUGCAUAUUUUGACCAAGACUACUUUUGUCAAGUGAUGCUGUGAACUUUUUCGAUCAAGUGUCCACCAGUAAGUCAAGAAUUUCCCUUUAAGUUAGUGAUGUCCCCCCCACUCAAAAAUCAAAGCCACACUACUUUUUUUUUUUUUUUUGUAAAUAGUAUGGCAGUGGGUAGUGGUGGUGUUUAACACCCCAUGGGCUGGGGGUUUCAAUCCGGCUUCGUCUCUGUGGAGUAUCUCCCUAUGUUCGUCUGGACUUCCCCUGGUUAUUUUAUUGAUACUCUCCCCAGCCUAUGGUAAAUGAUGUGUGUGGUGAUUUCAGUUACUUAGCCUUAAACUAGUUGUUACUACACUUUUGAAAAACAGUAUAUAUGUUG